AUGAUCCUUCAACAAUCUUCCAAUCUUCUAAAACUUCUACUACUUCUUGCUAUCUCUUCUGUAAGGACUCAAGGUCUUAACGAUAUCAUAAUUGAACUAAACCAACGCCUUCUUAUCUCCAAUAACUUCUUGUAUUGCAACCAAUCCGAUAAACUAAAUGAGUACGAGAUAAAGUAUCUCCAGCACAUGCCACCAAUAAGCUUGAUGAUCUUUACCUCAAUUGAAUCUAUGAAUUUCACACAAGUUGAAUAUAAUUUAGGUGCUGAUAACAAACUCUUUUUGAUUAUGGGCAACGAAGAACCACCCUAUGAUUUCCUUCACGCCUUAAACUUACAUUUUCAGUUUGCUGAAUAUAUAAUUGUGAUAGAUGAACCCGUUGAUUUGAAGAAGAGUACCAAAUGGCUAGAUUUUGUGAACCACCUAUGGCAGCAAGGAUACGUUCAGUUGUUAAUCUAUACCUCGUAUGAUGAAAAAUUGUAUCACAAAAUCAUAUUUCCCGAAACCGUGAUAGAGGAGACUUUGGUGGAACAGUACAUAUCCAUUCGGGGAUCAUUCAAUAAUCUUUAUGGCUAUCCGGUUCGCGUUGCAGCCUAUAAUAAUGCUCCGCGCUCCAUGCUAUAUGUGAAUCGCUGGGGCAAGCACAUAUUUGCCGGGUUCUACAUGAGGUUCCUUCGAGCUUUCAUUGACGCUAGAAAUGGAAGUUUUGUGCCAGUGCUCACGCCAAGUAAUUCGCCCGGGAAUUGUACAUUGAACUUGGUCAAUGAAACCGUUGACGUGUGUGCAGAUGCCUUGGCAGCAAAUCCAGCCGCUUUUAGCUUAACCCAUGGUUUCAGGAUAGCCUCGGCGAAUGUUUUGGUGACACAUGCGAAACCCCUACACUCCUACCGCUAUCUUACCGCUCCUUUUCAAUGGAGUGUAUGGGCCUGUUUGGUCAUCUAUGUGCUAUUGGUGGUGAAUUUCCUCAGUUUUAUUGGGUGGCUAAGAAGUGGAAAAUGGGAAUUUAGCAAGUACCUUCUCGAGGUAUUCAGCUCGCUUUUAUUCAGUGGAUUCUAUUUAAAGGAAAUCCGAGGACGGGAAAGGUACAUACUCUUUGGAGUGUUGUUCAUAGCUGGCUUUGUCUACUCCACCGAGUAUUUGGGAUUACUCAAAAGUAUGUUGAUCUCGGAGGUUUUCGAGAAGCAGAUUGAUACGUUUGAGGCACUGGUGGAGAGUAAUAUAACCCUAAUGGUUGAUCCAUACGAUAAGAUACUAUUUGCCAAGUACAACAUGCCCGAGAUACUUUCGCCCAUUAUGGAACUGGUCAGUUUUGAAACACUUUUGAAGCACAGAAAUCGCUUCGAUCAGGAUUACGCGUAUAUACUGUUCUCGGAUCGAAUGGCUCUAUACGACUAUGCCCAGCAAUUCUUGAAGCAUCCAAAACUGCUGAGAAUUCCCAUCGACUUCUCAUUCCUCUACACUGGCAUUCCGAUGCGAAAGAGAUGGUUCCUCAAGCACCAUUUGGGACGCGCCUGGUACUGGGCCUUCGAGAGCGGUCUUACAAGGAAACUGGCCUUGGACGCCGACUUCGAGGCAGUUCGCGUGGGCUAUCUAAGCUUCCUCAUCACGGAACAUGUGGAGGCCCAGCCGCUGAAUGUGGAUUAUUUCGUCAUGCCGGCAAUUGCUCUGGCCAUCGGCUACAUCCUGGCCCUUUUGAGUUUUGUCAUCGAGAUGACGGCCUGGCGCAUAAGGGAAUUCCUGGGAUGCAGGAAGGCGACGAUGACGAGUACCGGUUGUUCAGAAGGCGGUCAUGUUGAUGUUGAUUGA